AUGUCUGAGACCAAAGAUCUUUCCUCUCAGGUCCAAGACACAACAAAAGAUACUGCUUCCAACGAGCAGCAAUCCUCUGGUGCGUUUGGCAGUCCCCAACGAAGUUUGGCGCUUAUCGUCCCCAUUGCAGUCAACUAUGACCAAUCAGUCCCUAGGAGUGGUGUUGUGAAUGAUGCUGGUGAUAUCCUCGACGAUGCUGGCAAGACUGUCGGCAAAGUCGCUGACACCGAUAACCUCAAGGACCUCGUAGGCAACACCGUCAAUACCGCUGGCGAAGUUGUCAACUCUUCAGGCGAUGUCCUAGGCAAGACACUGCCAAUAAGACAAGGAAAGCCUGAAGAGGAAGAGGACUCCCACGACGAGGAGAAGAGCGAAUACACAACCCAGACCAAGGACAAGAAGUCUGGUGGUUUGGGAGACGCUGUCGGCAGCGUUACCAGCGCUGUUGGAGGAGUGACAGGAGCGGUUGGCGACACUGCCAAGAGCGCCACGGACACUGUCGGCGAAACAACCAAAGGCGCUACCGAUGCCGUCGGUGACACAGCCAAGGGUGCUACCGACACUGUUGGCGACGUGACUGACGACGCUGGCGCCAAGUCAGAAGCUACAUCCCAAGCCACCGACACCAAGACACCCGCAGAGACCCCCAAGGCCCCCGAAGUAAAGGCAGAGACACCUGAUGUUAAGGACGAGGCAUCUGAUGUCAAGGACGAAGCAUCUGAUGUCAAGGACGAGACGACAGAGCAAAAGGACAACAUCACUCUUGAGGAUCGAGAGGCACCAGCCGAUGCCGAUGACAAGCUCAAGGAGGUUGCUCCCGAGCCCGAAGAAGCCAAGGAAGCCACCAAGGACGCUCCUGAGGAGGCCAAGGACGCUUCUGAGGAGGCCAAGGACAUCCCUGAAGAGGCCAAAGAGGACGUUACCUCCAAGGUCGACGAGCAAGAUGUCCCCAAGCCCGAGGAUGUCGAGGACAAGCUUCAGGAGAAGACUGACGUUGCUAAGGACGAAGCUUCCAAGUCUGAGGUUCCUGAAGCUGAUGUUUCCAAAUCCGAAGCUCCUGCCGAUGAGAUCCCCAGCGGUGAAACUCCUGCAGAUGACGACAAUUCUAAGGCACCUGGUGAUGAUCUGAAGUCUGUUGCUCCCGGAGAGGAUGCUGCAGGUGUCACCGACGAGGUCCAGAGCAAGGCCGCUCAGGGCGAGGAUGCUGCUCAGGACAAGGUUUCGGAAGCCGAAAAGGCUGCUGAGGAUGUUCCUGAGGACGUCCCUGAGGACGUCAAGAGCAAGACUGCUGAGGGAGAGAAAGCCGCUGAAGAUCUCCCCGAGGAUGCCCAGAGCAAGAUUUCUGAGCGUGAAGAUGAUGCUCAGGACAAGCUUGACGAGGGUGAGAAGGCCGCCGAGGAGCUCCCUGAGGAUGCCCAAAGCAAGGCUCCAGAGGGCGAGCAAGUCGCUGGCGACGUCGCCGAUGAGGCCAAGGAUAAGGCCGCGGAAGGUGAAGAUGCUGUCGAUGAGAAGACCGCUGAAGCUGAGGACGCUGCCAAGGAGCCUCUCGACUUCUCCGUCCUCAAGGGCACCACUGUCGACAAGGAGGGCAACCUCGUCAACGACAAGGGUGACAAGAUCGGCAAGAUUGUCGAAGGUGAGCUCAAGCAGCUCAUCGGCCUCAGCUGUGACGACCAAGGUCAGAUCUGGGAUAAGACUGGCAAGCAGCUUGGCAAGGCUGAGCCUAUCCCCGAGUGGGACCGCGAGCAGAAGGACUUUUCUAUUCUCAAGGGCACUACCGUCAACAAGGAGGGUAAUCUUGUAAACGACAAGGGUCACCUCAUCGGACGUGUCAUUGAGGGCGAGAUCAAGCAGCUCGUUGGCCUUUCUUCCGACGACCAGGGCGUCAUUUGGGACCGCACUGGCAAGCAGGUCGGCAAGGCCGAGCCCCUCCCUGAGUGGGAGCGUGGUGAACAGAAGGAUUACAGCAUCCUGAAAGGCAUGACUGUCGACAAGAACGGUAACCUCGUCAACGAGAAGGGUCACCUCUUCGGAAAGGUCGUUGAGGGUGAGAUCAAGCAACUUAUCGGUCUCUCCUCUGACGAUCAAGGUGUCAUCUGGGACAAGACUGGCAAGGCUGCUGGUAAGGCCGAGCCUCUUCCCGAGUGGGAGCGCGGCGAGCAGAAGGACUUCUCUAUCCUCAAGGGGGCUGUUGUCGACAAGGAGGGUGGUCUCACUAACGACAAUGGAGAUACCAUCGGCAAGGUCACUGAGGGUGAGAUCAAGCAGCUCGUUGGCCUCAAGUCCGAUGAGAACGGUAAGAUCUGGAGAGACGGCAAGGUUGUUGGCCAGUCUGAGCCUCUGGCUGAAUGGGAACGUGUCCAGAAGAAGGAUCGAUCCAUCCUCAAGGGAGCUGUUGUCAAUAAGGAUGGUGGUCUCACUAACGACAAGGGAGAUACCAUCGGCAAGGUCACUGAGGGUGAGAUCAAGCAGCUCGUUGGCCUUAAGUCCGACGAGAACGGUAAGAUCUGGAGAGAUGGCAACGUCGUCGGCCAGGCUGAUCCCCUCGAGGAGUGGGAUCGCGUCCAGAAGAAGGACCGAUCCGCUCUCAAGGGCAGCAAGGUUAACAAGGUCGGCAAGCUUGUUGAUUCCAACGGCAACGUUGUCGGAAAGGUUGUUGAAGGUGACCUGAAGGAGCUUCUCGGCAAGCGUUCCGACGAGAACGGUGAUAUCUGGAACGACUCUGGAGAGGUCAUCGGCAAGGGUGAGCCUGUCUCUGCCUCCGAACGCGAAGAGAAGUCCUCGGCUCCCUUCGAGAACUUCCCUGGUGCCACCGUCGAGUCUGAUGGACGUGUCAUGUACCAAGGCGAGCAGGUUGGCGAGGUUAUUGAGGGUAACCCCAAGGAGCUCAAGGGCAGCAAGGUCGAUGAGGAUGGUGACAUUCUCGACCGCCGCGGUAACACCGUCGGUAAGGCCAAGCGCUGGGAAGCUCCCGAGGCUGAGGAGGAGAAGCCUGUCGACAACUCUGCUCUUGCUGGCAAGCGUGUCAACAAGGCCGGAAACCUCGUCAGCGAGUCAGGCGAGAUCUACGGUCGUGUCAUUGAGGGUGAUGUCCAGAAGCUUGUCGGACGCAUGUCUGACCGCGAUGGAAACAUCCGAAGUGAGUCUGGAGACAUCAUCGGCAAGGCUGAGCUUGUCUCUGAGGGCGAGCGCGGUGGCAAGAAGGAUGGUCCUUUCGCCGAGCUCAAGAACUGUACCGUCGCCAAGGAUGGUAAGGUUGUCAACCAAGCUGGCGAGACUGUUGGCCGACUUGUUAUUGGAGAUGCUAAGGCUCUCGUCGGACGCUCUGUUGAUGAUGACGGCGAGAUUGUCGACUCCAAUGGCAAUGUUAUUGGCAAAGCCGAGCGCUGGGAGGAGCCUGAGAAGGAGAAGACACACAACCCUCUUGCUGGCCGCAAGGUGAACCGUGAGGGCAACGUUGUUGACGCUGACGGUAACAUCAUUGGCAAGCUCACCAGCGGUGAGAUCCUCGACUGCCAGGGCAAGGAGGUUGAUGAGGACGGCGAUGUCUUUAACCAGAAGGGCAGCGUCGUUGGUCACGUCUCCCUUCUUGAGGACAUCCCCAAGGAGGAGGAGCCUGAAGAGGCACCCGAGCCUGAGGGUGAGACUGAGGAGGAGCGCAUCAAGCGCGAGCAGGCCGAGGCUGAUAUCAAGGCUGAGAAGGAUGAGGCUGAGAAGAACAAGAAGCUUGCUCAGCAGCUCUCCUACCAGAUUGAGCAGACUCUGGAGCGACUCCGACCCAUCUGCAAGUCCAUCAACGACAAGAUCAGCGCUGCUGAGGCUCAGAAGCCUGAGGACCGUGACGAGGAGGAACUUGUCCGACAGGUCAAGCCUCUAAUCGAGGACGGUGGAAAGCUUCUCACUGAGUGCAACGGCAUCAUCCGCGGUCUUGACCCUGAUGGUCGCAUUGGUCGCAAUGCUAAGCAGAAGACUGCUGCUGGUGAGGCUACUCCUGAGGAAGCUCACCUUGCCAACGUUCUGAAGGAGCUUUCUACUGAGAUCCAAACCUGUAUCGAUGAGGGCAAGCGCAAGCUCGAGGGUAUGCCCCACGCCAAGAAGGAGAUCAACCCUCUCUGGGGUCUCCUUGCCGAGCCUCUCUUCCAGAUUGUCGCUGCUGUCGGUCUCCUGCUUAGCGGUGUUCUCGGCCUCGUUGGCAAGCUUCUCGGUCCCAUCCUUGGACCUCUUCUGAACGGUCUUGGCCUUGGUGGCCUCCUUGACGGUCUUCUUGGUGGUCUUGGUCUCAAGAAGAUCCUCGGAAGCCUUGGUCUUGGUGACGUCGUCGGCACUGUUACUGGAAAGAAAUAA